UAAUACCCGAGUUUUCAAACGUCUAGAAAUGUAUCACUCAGAUAUCCGAUUCAAAUUGGUCAAGUAAUUGACAUCUUCCAUAUAACACAAACAACAAAAUUAAUUUCAAAGACCGCGCCAAUCGAAAUUCACCCAUCAGCGAAGUUCACCUCUGGUAUGGUGAAUUCGUGUUAACAGCUGAGAGCCGGCAUUCGUUUCAUAAUAGAUUUUUGUUGUGGAUAUACAUAAGAAUUUAUUAAGCAGUUUAAAAUGCUAAUGCGACAUUGCAUGAUGGCCUUAAGGGCCGCCAGGUCUCAGAAUCAGCUGAAUGCCACCAGGAGUUCCCAGAACAAGUUCCUGCAGCAUUUCUAUAGCAGCCAAGCACCUGCCAUUGGAAUCGUGGACUAUGACGUGGUCAAGAAGCUGCCUAGCGAACAGCAUAAGCUCCUCAUUGAUGUCCGGGAGCCAGAAGAGCUAAAAGAGACCGGACAAAUCCCCGCCAGCAUCAAUAUUCCUCUGGGCGUGGUUAGCCAGGAGCUGGCCGCCAGUGAUCAGCUCUUCAAGUCGAAAUACGGUAGAGAAAAGCCACAGCCGGAUACGGAGAUUAUAUUCCAUUGCAAGAUCGGCAAGAGAAGCCUUAAGGCUGCAGAAGCUGCCGCCGCCUUGGGCUUCAGAAACGUAAAGAACUACGAGGGAUCCUGGCUAGAUUGGGCCAAAAAAGAGGGUCUUCCCAAGUAAUACCACAUUUUAUUGAACAAAUCAAAGUUCUUAAACUUUAAAAUUUAAUUUAAUUUGCAAAGAUCUAAGAUCUACCCAAAAGUAAAGGAAACACAUCGACUAGGUUUUGGCAGGUCAUAAAUAAUAUUUAUUAAAAAC